AAAAAUAUUUAAAAUGUAGUGGUAGUGGAUAAAGGUGAAGGGAGAGGGUGCGUUGUAGUUUAUAAGUUCUUUGGUAUACCCAGAGCUGAAAAGAUUGAAAGACAGCGCAAACCCCAUAAUUUCUAAAGCAAAAGCAAAAGAACAGAGAGGAAAAGGAACGAAACCCAGAAAGAAAGGAAGAAGAAGAAGAAAAGGGUUUUGUAGGUAAGGGAAUGCAAAUUGAAUAGAGUGAGGAACAGAGGAAGAGCAGCCAUAAAUGGUGCAGAACAGCACAGGAAGCUUGAGCUUCAGCAGCCAUUUGUGUAAGGAAGAUGAAGAGAUUUCGAGGUCGGCUCUGUCCACUUUCAGAGCCAAAGAAGAGGAGAUCGAGCGGAAGAAGAUGGAGGUCAGAGAAAAGGUUCAAGCCCAGUUAGGCCGUGUUGAAGAAGAAACCAAACGUCUCGCUUGCAUCCGUCAGGAGCUCGAGGCGCUGACCGAUCCAAUGAGGAAGGAAGUGGCACAGUUUCGUAAGAAGGUCGACGCCGUAAACAAGGAAUUGAAGCCUCUGGGACAUAUCUGUCAAAAGAAGGAAAAGGAGUACAGGGAAGCCCUCGAAGCCUUCAACGAAAAGAACAAGGAAAAAGUUCAGCUAAUCAACAAACUAAUGGAGCUGGUGAGCGAAAGCGAGAGGUUGAGGCUGAAGAAGCUGGAGGAGCUGAGUAAGAACAUCGAUACGAUUCGAUAACCGUAUCGUUUGAAUGAUCAGAACGACGGUUGACAAAGUGAUAACCCUGUGUUUAUUAGGUUUUGGCGUGUGAUGUAUUUAAUCUAAAGAAGAAAAAGGAGCUGUGUUUGUGUAUUAGUUGAAAUGUUUGGCGUUCCCUUUGUUUGUGUGUAAUUUUCAUAAUUUGUCUUUCUUUAUUUAUUUUUCCUCUUCAGGAGUUAACUCAAAAAACAUUUUAACUCAUUUUAGGAAAGGAAAUGACUUAUCUAUCCUUUUGUUUU